AUGCGCAGCACUCUGCCCACGCCAAUCUUCAAUCGCCCAUCUUCCACCAUCCGCACCAUCUCCGCCAACGGCGUGCGCAUAAACUCCUCCUCCGACCCCGAGUACGCCGUCAGCCUCGUCUCCGACGGAAUCAGCUCCAUCACAUCAACCCUUGCCACACUCCCCUCCUCCCCGCCCACCGUCCCCGCCAGACACACCGUCCCGCCCUUCCGCGCACACCGCAGCGAAUCCCGCAGCGUGCGCGCGCCCACCAGCUCCAACACCUUGUCAAACCCGUCCACGCCCCUCCGCCGCAUCUGCGUCGCCACCUCCCCGUUGUCAAUCCACACCUCGCGCGCCCCAGCCUCGCGCAGCACGCCCGCGCGCUCAGUCUGCCGCGUCGUCGCCGCUACAAACGCCCCGUGCGUCAUCGCGAUCGCGAUCGCGGCCAGUCCGACCGUCGUCGUUCCGCCCCGGACAAGCACGCGCUCGCCCGCUCGCAGCGCCAGCCCGCGGAUCACUGCACCCCACGCGGUGGGGAGUAGCGUCGGCAGUGCACCGAGUAUAUUCUGCGUAUGCGCCGUCAAACGACCGCCCCAUCCCACUUCCUGCGGUGGCGACCACGCUUCCGCGCGGAAAUGUCUGUUCCAAAGCUGCGCUGCCUGCCGCGUCGACGACGCCGACGGCUUCGCUGCCUGGGAUACGGGAUGGGUGCGCGGAUGCGGGGUGUUGGUCUGCACGGGGACGCAGGUCGCCGCGGUUGAGGCCGAAGGCGUGCACGCGGAUGCGGAUGCUAUCGGCGGCGGGUGUCGGGAGAGGUACGGUUUUGAGGCGGAGCACUGUGUCAGUGUCGACUGUGCUGAGAUGGUGGUGGAAUAG